UCAUUCACACAACUCAAACCUAACCAAAUAAUAGUCGUCGAGACCAAAUAAAAUGCAUUCCUCUUCAUCCUACGAUUUGACAACCCCGUUUAAACUGGGAGUUUUUUUUCUUUUUCUUCACCUAACAUUGUCUCAUGCUCAACUAAGCCCUUCCUUUUAUGACAAAACAUGUCCACAAGUAGUUGACAUUGUAACCAAUACCAUUGUGAAUGCACUAAGAUCAGAUCCUCGCAUCGCAGCAAGCAUCCUUCGCCUUCACUUCCACGACUGCUUUGUUAAUGGAUGUGAUGCAUCGAUAUUGUUAGACAACACAACAUCGUUUAGGACGGAAAAAGAUGCGUUUGGGAACGCAAAUUCAGCUCGUGGGUUCGAUGUGAUCGAUAGAAUGAAGGCUGCCGUGGAGAAAGCAUGUCCUAAAACCGUUUCAUGUGCUGAUUUGCUCACUAUCGCGGCUCAACAGUCUGUCACUUUGGCAGGAGGUCCCUCAUGGAAGGUUGCAAGUGGAAGAAGAGAUAGUUUAAGAGGGUUUAUGGAUCUUGCUAAUACAAACCUUCCAGCUCCAUUCUUUAAUCUUAAACAACUAAAGGAUAGCUUCAAAACCGUUGGACUCGACCGUCCUUCUGAUCUGGUAGCUCUCUCUGGUGGUCACACUUUUGGGAAAAACCAAUGUCGGUUCAUAAUGGACCGGCUAUACAACUUCAGUGGUUCCGGUUCACCUGAUCCAACCCUUGAUAAAUCAUACCUCAGUACGCUCAGAAAACAGUGUCCUCGCAAUGGAAACCAAAGUAUACUGGUGGAUUUCGAUUUACGUACUCCGACACUCUUUGAUAACAAAUACUAUGUGAAUCUUAAAGAAAACAAGGGUCUUAUCCAGAGCGACCAAGAGUUGUUCUCUAGCCCUGAUGCUUCAGACACUAUCCCCUUAGUCCGAGCAUAUUCUGAUGGUCAAGAUAAAUUUUUCAAUGCGUUCGUGGACGCAAUGACAAGGAUGGGAAACCUUUCACCUUCAACAGGGAAACAAGGAGAAAUUAGACUGAAUUGUAGGGUGGUGAAUUCCAAACCCAAGAUCAUGGAUAUGGUCGAUGAUAAUGACUUUGUCAGCUCUAUUUGAGGAAACUAUGUAUUUCUCUCUAUUAAUAAAUUCUAAAUGUUACCGAGAUGUAAUGUUUUAGAUAAAUAAAUGUUAACUUUAAAUA